CUGCCCGGAGACUGUUCCGCCGGCGGCCAGUGUACCCGGGAGCCCGGCACCUGCACAGCCCGGGGAGCAGCAGCAGCAGCACCGGAGGAGGAGGUACCGGCCGGGGGGAAGGGGCUGUCCUGUCAUACUCAGCUACACGAGGGCACGCUGGGUGUUGUAGUUCCACACAGGAAAUACCUGGAUGAUGGAUCUGUGAGCUGCGUACUGGCUAUGGGCGACUGGAACACGGGCACCAUGAGAGACUCAGAAAGCCGACUCAUUGCACACUGCACUUCUGAGCCCAGGAUGACCUCACUCCUACACCCCUCACUCGGCAUAGCCAAAACUCCUCAAGACACAAACUUCUGCAACGAGAACAAUGUGGAACAGUGCAUCACCUACAUCGAGCAGGAACUCUCAGCGCUGGGCUUCCCCUCCCUACUUGCCGCGGCUAGGAAUGGUGGUGGGAAGAGGCUGCACGUUGUGUCCGUUGUGAACUGUCUCUACGAGCUGCUCCAGCGUCACAGCCGAGACCUGCGGAGACGUGAAGAUGGGGAAAUGCAGCUCCUGAGAACGAACAGUGACCUGGAGUAUCUGCAGAGCUGUCACAGCAAGCUUAAGGACCAGCUGGAUGUGGCCAAACGAGAAAACGCUGCUCUGCAGGAGAAGGAGCGCCAGCAUCAGUGCAAGCACAACAACCUGCUCCAACUGCUGAAGAAUGAAAAAGAAGAGGUUCAGAAACUGCAGAAUAUUAUUGCCAGUCGUUCCACUCAGCAUAAUCACAACAUGAAGCGGAAGGAGAGGGAGUACAACAAGCUGAAGGAGCGACUCUACCAGCUGGUGAUGGACAAGAGAGACAAGAAGAUCUCCAUCGAUGUGCUGAAUUACGUCGGCAGAGCGGACGGUAAGCGGAUGGCCUGGAGGACUAGCAAGACCGACGCAAAGAGUGAGGAGGAGAUGUACAAGAUUCUGCUGAGUGAUUAUGAGCAGAGGCAGAAGCAGCUGAUGCUAGAGAACGCGGAGCUGAAGAAGGUUCUGCAACAAAUGAAGAAAGAGAUGAUUUUUGUCCUUAGUCGACAGAAGCCAAAGACGAAAGAGAAAGUGGAUGACAGCCUGGGACCAGUGCUGUCGGACAUUGAGGAGGACGCAGCAGACUCCAGCAAGGAGAACCUGUUAGAAUUAUCCUGCGAGGCGGCCAGGGAGCAGCUGGUUAAUAGCAUCCGGCAACAGUGGCGCAUACUGAGGAGCCACGUGGAAAAGCUGGACAACCAAGCAGCUCAAGUCCGCGUGGCGUCUCCGGAUCGCAAAGCAGCGAUUGCUAAGGAGGAUCAUGAAAGGGAGCUGGAAAAACUGAAGGAUGAGAUUCGCCAUUGCAAAGAAACCAUAAAGAAUCAGCAGCGCCUCUUCCAGCAGCAGAUCAUUGUACCAGGUGAUGAGGACGCCUCCACCUUGCUGCAGGACUGUUACCUCCUAGAAGACAAGGAGCGGCUGCAGGAAGAAUGGACAUUAUUCAGUGAGCAGAAGAAAAACUUUGAGAAAGAGAGAAGUUGUUUCACAGAAGCUGCGAUCCGUCUGGGACACGAGAGAAAGAUGUUUGAGGAAGACCGGGCGCUGUGGCUGAAGCACCAGUUCCUGAAUAUGUCGCUGUUUUCUGAGCGGAAGAGCGCGGAGUGCUGCCAAUCUCAAAGUGACCUUUUACGUGAGUUUAUAAAGAGCUGCACCCCUGCAACGUUCUGUACGUAUACAGGCGUGCGAUGGCUGGAUGUGCUCUGCAAGAACGGAUUCUUCCGGCAGCAACCUGUGACUGAGCGGUGGUCCCCGGGCAGCAACCUGUGA